CAUGUCCUUUCGUUCGCUGUUGUCAUAGUGAAGCGGGGGUUUUGUGGCGAGCCUGGGUGCUCUCUGCUGCCUGACUCGUCCGGCGCGCCUGUUACAAAACGCAGCUUGCCAUUGCAUAAGUGCCAGAAGCGGCCAGUACCGUGCAAACACUCCUGUAGGAUGUAGCGGAAGUGCCUCUCAUGGCUGGUCGGCUGCUGAAAGUCUCCUCGCUGGCCACAGCAGCACUCGCCUCCUCUGGCUUUUACCUGCACAACAGACAGCUGGACCUCAAUGACCUCAGCCUCAUCCGCUUCGGACGAGCUGCAGUCACUACGGCGAUCAUCAGCUACGACUACCUCACUUCUUUCAAGACCAUUGAAUAUGGCACCGAAGAGUACUGGUCCCUCAGAUCCAAGGUACAUCGGCGGUCGGCGGAGCGCCUGCGGGACCUGUGCUGUGCCAACCGGGGGACCUUCAUCAAGGUGGGCCAGCACCUGGGUGCCCUGGACUACCUGCUACCUGAGGAGUACACAUCCACACUGAAGGUGCUCCACAGCCGAGCCCCUCAGAGCAGCAUGGAGGAGAUCAAGCAGGUCAUCAGAGAGGACCUUGGGAAGGAGCUGUCAGAGUUAUUCGUCUCCUUUGAAGAGAGCCCCCAGGGUGCUGCCUCUUUAGCGCAAGUCCACAAGGCGGUGCUCCAUGAUGGUCGGACUGUGGCAGUUAAGGUCCAACAUCCCAAAGUUCAGACUCAAAGCUCUAAGGACAUAGUGGUAAUGGAGGUGUUGGUGAGAGCGGUCCAUUGGCUCUUCCCAGACUUUGCCUUCAUGUGGUUGGUGGAGGAGGCCAAGAAGAACAUGCCACUGGAGCUGGACUUCCUCAAUGAGGGACGCAAUGCUGAGAGGGUAGCCCGCAUGCUAGCCCACUUUUCUUUUCUCAAGGUUCCUGAGAUCCACUGGGAUUUGUCCACAAAGAGAAUCCUGACCAUGGACUUUGCUCAGGGGGGACAGGUCAACGACAGAGACUACAUGAGGAGACACGGCAUCAACGUCAACGAGAUCUCAGAGAACCUAGGCAAGAUGUACAGCGAAAUGAUCUUCGUCCACGGGUUUGUGCACUGCGACCCCCAUCCAGGCAACGUGCUGGUUCGCAAGUGUCCCCAAAGCAAGAACACGGAGAUUGUCCUCCUCGAUCACGGCCUUUAUCAGGUUCUGCAGCCAGACUUCAGGUUGGACUACUGUCGGCUGUGGCAGUCUCUGAUUCGAGGCGACAUGUCUGGGGUGGAGCGCUACAGCCGCAGGUUGGGUGCUGGAGAUCUCUACCCGCUGUUUGCCUGUGUCCUCACUGCUAGAUCCUGGACCGCCGUCAACUCAGGCAUCAGCUCCACACCGGUCACACACACGGAGGACGUUGAGAUCCGGACCAACGCAGCCCUCUACCUGCCCCAGAUCAGUGAGCUGCUGAACCGAGUCCCCCGACAGAUGCUGCUGCUGCUGAAGACCAAUGACCUACUGAGGGGCAUUGAGACCACCUUGCAGACCAGGGCCGCCUCCUCCUCUUUCAUCAACAUGUCCCGUUGCUGUAUACGUGCCGUGGCCAGGCAUAAGAGGAGUAAGGCUCGGACCAGGACAAGGCGUCUUCAGAUUACGCUCUCUGAGUCGUUCGGCCUGUGGCAGAUCAGCAUGUAUGAACUGUUCCUGUGGGUUAAAGGUUCAGCGCUGGGAUGCUGGGUGGCCGCUCUGCUGGGCUUGCUGCACUGAAGCGGACCCGGAGACGAAGCUGGAACAUGGCUCGAAACUUCUGGGUUGGCACAUGUUGCGUAGCUUGCGUCCAUACAUUCGUAGUGCCUAAUGACAUGUCUAGGCACAAGAAAUUUACUGUAUGGACACGUGAACAAAAAACAUCCACGUACAUCAAGGAAAUGUAAUGUGAGGCAAAUGUAAAUGACUUAAAGGUCACAUAGUCCUGAGAAAGUAAACCCACACAGGCAACCCUAAAUCAGUCCACUAAACACAAAAAGGAUGAGGACACAGCAGUGGAGGUUAUGAGAGAUUUAAAUAAUCAUAGAAGAGAGGAAAGUUGAUUACAAAGUCAGCCAUUGAGACGGUUGCCUACAGCCAGUAAAUAUUCACUUCAGACAAUAGAAAGCACUGACCAGUAAGCGAUAGGUAGAAGUGACCUUGUGAUGGUAUCUUUGCAAUUCAUUACUCCCCUUCAUCUCCAUCCGAUGGACAAAACGGACAAAUUCAAAGACGGUAUGGAUGGCCGCGACUGUCACUCACUGUAACAGCCAACAGCUGUCUCUGAGGCAAGGGUGGUCCAGAGUUACCCAAGGCUGUCAUAACGCAGGGUGUACCCUCACUAAGAACUCCCAGCUGAGCACCAAGACGAGGUGUGGAAGUUCUGGUCCGAGCACAUGGGCGGUUUUAAUACUUGAGAGGACAUAUUGGAGAACUGACUGCUAACCACUCUCCAAGAUAAUACUCCAUGAGAUGAGUUAAAAUACCUCAGAUUGAAGUUUGCAUGAAAUCACGACAUUUUAUAACGAUGCAGCUAGCACUGAAUGCUAAAAGGACCAUACCAGUGAUUUUGAAGAGUUGGCCCAUUUACUCCAAUUUCCCUGCAUUUUACAUUGCAGUACGCCACUUUGCAAAUGAUGCGGGAAUACUAAAGAUUUCACGUCAUACAAUCAAAAUCUCUCCAUUUUCAAAUUAGAAUUUUGGGUUUGAGCCACAUUGUGUUGAUCAUUUUCUUAAAGCCUUGAUUGUUAAUGAUUUGUUGGAUACUUCUUCAGCUCAAUCAUGUGCGACUGCCUUGGUUAUUUCAGCUAUGACAAGAACUACGCCUCUGUGAUAGGAACCAGCUCUUAUGGCUCCGGUUCUUCUUUCUUUAAUUAAUUUUGUAUCAUUUUAUUGGGCUGUUAUUCUUUUUCAUUCUUUUAUGUAUUUAUUUGAAGUUUGUUCCUAUAUUGUUUCAAUUGUAAGAGUGUUAGGCCACAUGGCAGACAGAAGGUCAUUUCUAUGCUGCUGAAAUGCAAUCAGUGUUACAGGCACAGAGGUUGUUGAGCUUUACCGUAUUUUUUUUUCUCUCUGUUCUGUUUAAUUGUGAAGUAACUGUGCGUGCCAUCAUGUGUCCAUCGGACUGCACUCUGUGGUGUUUUUUGAGGAAGUUGUAGAGGUUGGUUGUGUUGCUUUGUGGCACAGACCCAGCCUGCAUAGUUCAUGCUUUUGGUCAACAUCACUCACUCCAAAUCCAAACUGUGCAUCCAAACUCCAGAUGACUAUCCAUUUUCCACUCCUGAUAUUUUUUUUUUUCAUCCCAUCCCAUUCAAUUGUAUUCUCUUGACUGCCGCUACGAGCAUGCAAAGGAGUGAGCCUUAAAGUGGAAGCCUGUGGUUGAUCAGAUGGUAGGAUAAGGAGCGCUUGAUUUAAAAAAAAAAAAAAAAAAAUCAGAGCUGUCAUUUUACAUACAAUAUUGCAAGCAAACAUGUUCUUUUAAAUGCAGA